AUGGACGAUGAAAAUUGGAUUUAUUUUAAAGGUGCUACCGACGAAGGUCCUUUCUAUACCACAAUGCAUAUGACUCGAUACGUCAAAUUAGGAAAAUCGUCGGUUGUUAGAAAGAUCGCGAAUAUUAGGCCAUAUUUACUAGACACCGAAAAUAGGGAGAAUAAAACACCUUUAAUUCAAUCAAUCGAAUUUAACGAUAUACAAAUGAUAAAUUUAUUGAUAUCUUUGGGAGCUAACGUUAAUAAAUCAGUUAUUUAUAAUAAAAGAUCUCCUCUGAUGAUCGCUAUAGAAAAAGGACGACUCCAAAUAGCGAGAUUUUUAAUAGAUAAAGGAGCAGAUGUAUUUGCAAGAGAUAUAAACGAUUUGAAUUUACUUCAUGUAGCUGUAGAUACGAAUAAUUUGGAAAACGUUAAAUUUUGUUUUGAAUUGAUAAGAAACGCGAAUUUUAAAGACAACAAAGGAUGGACUCCUUUACUACGAGCAGCUAUUAUGGAAGUCUCCAAGGAUAUCAUCGACUUUCUAAUAGAAAAUGGGGCCGAUACAAGUGUUAGAGAUAAUAACGGAAUCGAUUUCGAGACACACUGUCUUUUAACCGGGGCCGUCUUUAUGCAUUGA